UGUUAAAUUUCUACUGGGCCUAGCAGAGAGGAGUUUGCUUUUAUUUAGUACAGGGGAUAGGAAGAAGCAGCAGUAGCAUCAACACCACCACUGCUGGUGGUGAGAGGUCUCCAAAUGUGUCCUAGGCCUGUGGUGGAGUUCUGAGGCCCUCUGCCCCUGCAGUGGGUGGCCUGGUAUGGUGAGGGGCCCAGCGGCUGCUGUCCCUGUUGGGCCACCUCAGGGUGCCCUGGGCACAGCAGUCCCCAGCCUUGUUACACACAGUGUCCCCUGCUUGAUCUUUCACUCCUGCUUUUCCAAUUCUCUUCCAUGUGCUCCCAGAACAGACCCUGACCUCACCCUGCUUCUGUUCUGUUUGCUUUCCCUUUUCAUAUAGUGCUGCCCCAGCUCUUCAUCCCCUGCCCAGAAAAGUAAGACAUAUGCUGGGGUGCCUUUGUUCUGUGUGCCCACUUAGUGUUAGAAGAGAGAUAAGGUAUUUGUUCUUCUAUGUUGUGAUCUGUUUGAUGCUGAUGCUUUCUUGCUCAUAUCCUAAUGUAACUCUGCCUUCGUGCUUUUUCUGAUUUUGUCUGGGGUUUGUCUGGGAUUCUUUUGUGCAUCCCAAACUAAGGACGUUCUGCUAACCUGGUCAAAUAACCUAAAUUUUGAUCUGUUAAAAUGAACUUACUGUGCAAUGUGAAAAAGCACCUUCGGAAACCACAAGUGACCUGAUUGGAAAGUAAGUGAGCUGGAGGCAGAAGCACUGAAUGUACAGGAAUAGAGUAGAUUAAGGUUAUAGCAAAUAAAAGGAUUUAGAAAUCAGAAUGGCCUUAACACCAGUCUCUAAAGUAAUGGAUUAAUUAUUCCAGAGAGAUUGUGCUGUGUGUCCCUGUGCUAACAGGGCUUUUAUUUCUUCCCCCUGGUGAGAGGCAGGAAAGUGGUUGCUUAAAUCACUAUUGACAUACAGCAUAUGAAUUCCAGUUUUGAUUUUAUGAACAGCCUCUAUCAUCAUGUCUUCUGUGGACUGUCUCAUGCUCGUUGUGCUGUGGGGUUAGACACACUGUCACCAUCCCUAUAAAUAGCCUGCUUGGUUAUGAAGGACUAGUAGUAUUUCCUCUGGGAAGAAUAGGACUUUUGACUGGUGGCAUUUUAGGCCAGUUCUCUUUAAACCUCCUAGAGGAGAUAGGGUUUGGACAGUGAGAAACCUGCUAGAGAAAGCCAAUAAUCAAGGUAUUAAUUGUUGAAGUGCAGGCACCCAGUGAGUGUGGAGGGUCCACAGAGAAAAUUGAAGUUAAGAGGAGUAGGACAGUGGUGUGCUUUUAAAAAGAAAGGUCAGCUGCAGGGCUGGUAAGGAGCAAGAAAGCUACUAUGCAGAGAAAGAGAAGCUCCCUGUGAUACAGCGGGAAGCAGAGCUGCUGUGCAAGACUGUUGCAGCAUUGGACAGGUCUGCUCCGUGCCCAAAAAAUGCUCAAGCGUAUUGGAGAACGGGAGUUGCCUUUACAAGUUUCCCUCCACACCAGGGAAUCUGAAAAAAUGGGAUUUUUACAUCUCUCCAGCCAGCACUGAAAACGAAUGGGGAUUGAAUUGCUUUGCUUCUUUUUCUUAUUUCUGCAAAGAAAUAACAAUGUUCAAGGGACCUGUUCUCAGGAAAGUGCAGUGACUUGUGAAGAUUGUGUGCUUUCCGGACCACACUGUGCUUGGUGUUUCCAAGAGAAUUACACCGACUCAGCUGGAAUUCAUGGGAGGUGUGAUACCCCAGAAAACCUUUUAUCAAAAGGAUGCCAGUUGAAUUUUAUUGAAUUUCCCAUUUCAGAAGUGGAAAUUCAUAGAAACGUGCCACUAACUGUAUCGACCCAGAAGAACAAUUCCGAUGUCACGCAGAUUUCUCCUCAAAAAUUAACUCUCAAACUGCGACCAGGACAUGAAGAAACAAUACAGAUCAAGGUUCGCCAAAGUGAAGAUUAUCCAAUUGAUCUCUAUUACCUCAUGGAUCUAUCAGCUUCCAUGGAUGAUGAUUUGAAUACAAUAAAAGAGUUAGGGUCAACUCUUUCCAAAGAAAUGUCAAAGCUGACAAGCAACUUCAGGCUGGGUUUUGGAUCUUUUGUUGAAAAACCAGUUUCACCAUUUAUCAAAACUACAGCUGAAGAAAUAAACAACCCUUGCAGAAGUGUACCAUAUGAGUGCUUACCCACCUUUGGAUACAAACAUGUUCUGUCACUAACAAAUGAUGCUGAAAAAUUCAAUGAAAUUGUGAAAGGACAGAGAAUCUCUGCUAAUAUAGACACUCCAGAGGGAGGAUUUGAUGCAAUUAUGCAGGCAGCUGUUUGCAAGGAAAAAAUCGGAUGGAGGAAUGAUUCUCUGCAUUUGCUGGUGUUUGUGAGUGAUGCUGAUUCCCACUUUGGUAUGGACAGUAAGCUGGCAGGGAUUGUUAUUCCUAAUGAUGGAAACUGCCAUUUGGACCACAAUAAUGAAUAUUCCAUGUCAACUGUUCUGGAGUAUCCCACAAUUGGACAAUUAAUUGACAAACUUGUGCAAAACAAUGUUUUAUUAAUUUUUGCAGUAACAAAUGAACAAGUUCACAUAUAUGAGAACUAUGCAAAGCUUAUUCCCGGAGCUACUGUUGGACGACUGCAGAAGGAUUCUGGAAAUAUUCUUCAGUUGAUAAUUGCUGCAUAUCAGGAGCUGAGGUCUGAAGUAGAGCUGGAGGUCUUUGGAGACACAGAAGGACUCAAUCUCUCUUUCACUGCAAUCUGUAACAAUGGGACCUUUUUUCCACAUCAGAGGAAGUGCUCUCAUGUGAAAGUGGGAGACACAGUCUCUUUCAGCGUGAACAUAAGCCUAUCCACUUGCGAAAAAAAUAGAAGGCACAUUGUGAUAAAACCUGUGGGUCUCAGUGAUACACUGGAAAUUGAAAUCCAACCCCAAUGCAGCUGUAACUGUCAGGCCGAUGCUGAGAUGAACAGCUCAAAAUGCAGCAAGGGGAAAGGCUCUUUUGAGUGUGGAGUGUGCAUCUGCAACCCUGGGUACAUGGGUCCACACUGCGAGUGUGACGAGAACUCCCUCAGCACAGGUUCUUGCAAGGGCUCUGUAGAGCAGAGCUCCUGCAGCGGGAGAGGUAACUGCUAUUGUGGGCAGUGCAUUUGCCACCCCUCAAUGUAUGGAAAAGUGUAUGGGCCACACUGUGAAUGUGAUGACUUCUCGUGUGUGAGACACAGAGGACUUCAGUGUGGAGGCAAUGGUGACUGUGACUGUGGGGAAUGUGUGUGCCACAGUGGAUGGACUGGUGAAUACUGUAAUUGCACAACUGACACUGGCUCCUGCAUUUCUGAGGACGGGACACUGUGCAGUGGGAGAGGCGAAUGCAUCUGUGGGGUGUGUGCUUGCACACAUCCAGGGGCUUCAGGCCAAACCUGUGAAAAAUGCCCUCUGUGUGGUGACCCUUGCAGCUCUAGACGGAGCUGUGUGGAAUGUCAUUUAGCUUCUGAUGACAAGUCGCAGGGAGAAUGCAGUGAAAAAUGCAAAUCAGUUGAUGCAACUGUCAGCACUGCAGAGGAUUUUUCAGAGGAUAAAUCCAUUCCUUGCUCUUUGCAGGGGGAAAAUGAAUGUAUAACCACAUUUCUACUGGCUGUGGAUGAACAGGGAAGGACAAUCAUUCAUAGCAUAAAGCAGAAAGAUUGCCCACAGCUUCCAAAUAUCCCAAUGAUAAUGGUGGGUGUCACCCUUGCUAUCCUCUUGAUUGGCAUUGUUUUGCUUUGUAUAUGGAAAUUGCUGGUGUCAGUUCAAGACCGAAAAGAGGUGGCCAAGUUUGAAGCAGAAAAAUCAAAAGUUAAAUGGCAUACGGAAACAAAUCCACUGUACAGAGGCUCAACAAGCACUUUUAAAAAUGUCACUUACAAGAACCAAGAAAAGCAAAAAGGAGCCACGGCUGCAGAUUUCUAUUAGCACUUUGGACACUACAAACUUAAUUUUACUGGCAGGAAAUCUAAAAACUCUAUUUGUUUCUUCUCAGCUGAUUAUGCUGAUUAUGUGAUAUUUGUUUGCAUAUUGCAGUAGUAUAAUCAUUCUGAUAGAGAAAAUAUAUCUUAUGUUGGGAAAACUAUAGAUAGCACCAGUAGUAAAGGUUAACAAAUUAAAAACAAACAAACAGCUUUAAUAUUAAACCACCCCCAUCUUAGAAAAAUAACAUCACAAAUAUUUUUAAUUUUCUCUUUACUACCAAGGAUUAAAAAUUAUCAAAGUAAGCUUAUUUUUGUAAAGUUAAGUAUAUAAAAUGAGCUGUAUACUACUUUGUUCAUCCACAGAACCCAAACACAUUUGUAUUUAGGAGUGUAUUUACACCAGUCUGUUUGGUGGGCUGGUUUAAAUUCAAUACCAUACAUUUUUCAUCAGUGCUGCUUAAACUACUGUGGUUAGGGGUUCCUCAUAUCACCUGUUUGACUGAAUCAUUUUUCAUCAGAAACAGCUACUGCUAUGGCCUACCUUCCAUGUAUCUAAGGUAUAGAGAUACCUCCUCUUUAAUUCUUUCUUGUCCCGCUUUCCUUGUCCUUGAAUUGGUUGCUGUUUGAUGUUCUUUAAGAAUCCUCCACUCCUUGAGGUUAUCUCAGGGAAAACUAAAUCAACCUCAUAUUCACUUGCAUAGUUGUUUUCUGUUCAAGUAUAAAGUUCUUUCCCCCCCCUCCCCCUUUCCUUUAAAUUCCAGUAGAGAGGAUCAAGAGCAAAAGAGAAAUAUUUUUAAAUUAGUGGCCCUACUAGAGAAACUUUAAAUCAGAGGAUUACCAGAAUCCCCCUCACCCCCUGUCAAGUCUAAUAUUUAUCUCCUUUUUAGGCACUGAAAAUAAACCUCUCAUGCUGGACCAUCGCAUGAACUGUUGCAUGAGCUCUUUAUGUGCAGGAAAAUUUCAUACAUCAAGACUUAGUGUCACACAAAAAGGCAGUAUUUUUUUGUUGAUAUAUCCUAAACUGGGAGGUUCUUUUAAUGCCCAGCAGCCGAACAUUUUAUUUGUGUGUGAAAUAAUUAAUUAAUCUCUUUUAGACUUCUUUUUUCAUACUAAGCAACAAAUAGAUCUAUGAAUUCCACUUGAUAUUCAUUUCCAUGGCACUAAUGAGGAUUUUUAAAUCUCAGUUUUAACUAGUUACUAAUGACUUACCAUAACUUCUUAAAUUGUAAUGCUGAUAUUGUGAAUGAAGAAAAAAAAAAUCCUCAACAAAAUCAGCUAACAUGAUGACAUAAAAUGUUACAGUAUUGGGCUAUUUUAAGCUUACAAUAGUGUAGUUUACUUUUUAAUAUCACUUUUCCUCUGCAUUUUUAAUUAUCUGGAAUACUUGGUCAAAAUGUACAUACAAAUGUACUUACAAGAAAAGACUUUGAAAACAAAGGUACAUUGAUAUAGUCACAGACAAACAGUUAUGUACAUUCCCUACGGUAAACUCUGUAUUUGAUCUAAAAACUUGUCCAUUUUGUAAUGAAUAUUUACGAAGUCUGUGCAACCUCAGUCUCUGUACCCUCUGCCACUACUGGAUACGAGACUGAUCUAUCAGCUAGGUCUGACCCAUGCCUGUUUUAGGGCCUGAUCCAAAGCCUACUGGAGUCAAUGGCUACAGAUGAGGAUCUAGUUUCAGUGAAACUAUUAGUUUUGGUUUACAAAGAUUGUUUUGUUUAAACAAACCAAUUAAUACCGUCUAUUAGUGGAUUAGAACCUAUAGUAUAUAUUUCUGUGCAAAGAGAAAUAAACAAUAUCUGAUGCCUUUGGAAAGGAACUGAUACUAUAAACUCGUAAGAAAUGAUUGCAGUGUGAAGGGAAUGAUGACUGUCAUUAAACUGGAACAAGUAAAUUACAGGUUCACAUCUAUACUCUUCAGUACUCUUGCAUAUCUCAAGGUGAAAAUGUGCACAACGACUGGCAUCUGCACCCCUUCCAACCACUGAAGUCCUACAGAUGUCAGUGCAAGCUACAUAUGGUACCAAAUUCUACUUCCCUGGCACACGGAUAAAAACACAUUGCAGGUAAAUCUGGCACCUGAAGUUGAUCUCAAAUUCCAUUUGGGCCAAGAAUGCCCAAAGGACCAGGAAAUCUGGAUUUAGCCCAUGUGAAUUAUCUGUUACUCUUCUAUUUUUCAAAUAGAAGUCAUCUUUUUCUAGAAAAAAAAAAAAAAAAAAAAAAAAAAAAAAAAAAAAACAACAACAACACACUAAUUUAAAGUAAAAAAAAAAAUCUUUACUGUUUAUUAGGUAUCUUUUAAGUUCUGCAGCUCAGUAUGAGGGUUGAAAGCCCUUCUUCUGUAGGUCACUCAUUUCAACAUUGAACUACUUUUCAGUAUUUAGAGAUUCUCAAAGUGGUGUUCAUGUUUUAUGUAAAACAUUUGGUGGUCUAUGUUCCCCGUUCCUACAGGAGCUUUCAUUUCACAAAGCUAUGCCGUCUGUUACUAUCACUUACAUCUUCUGAUCAUCAGCAAAGAUCUGAUUUUGUAUGGAGGCAAUGUUUACAUUCCAAUUAAUCCUCCUAGCAAUCUCUCUGCAAAUUAUCAAAAUGUACAGAAAUUUAGGCAGUAUGUUCUUCAAUUUCCCUGCUGUAACUGAGUGUACUACAAAUGUGCUGUGCACCUUCAAAAUUUUCAGGAUGAAAAUCACUCAGAUAAUUAAGAAUUCAUCAGAUGAGAAAAUAGAAGGGCUUAGUGAGAAAUAUUUCUGUUAUUGAGGGAUAAGCCAUUCUUUUAACAGCAUUAAUUAGAUCAUAUAUUUUGACAAUAUAAGAAAGCAAUUAGAUUUCAGGAUCUUACUUGACAUUCGCCCUAGAAAAAGAGUGUUGUUCAUAUCUUUUUAUUAAUUAUAUCAUUUUAUCUUGUAGUAUUUGUAUCAAAGUUCACCUUUUCUUUUUUCCUCCACCAAAUUCUGAGUGGGUUUUUGUGUGGUGAGUGGGAUGAAAAAGUCUUUCUGCUGUUUUCAUGAAUAUUGUUUUGACCUGGGGCUGGACCUUGAGAGUGGCCAAAACAUUUUUAAUAGAAAAUCUACUCACUGAAGAGUUAAACUAAAUAAAAACAAAAAUCAUUAGCAAUUUUGUUGUAUUGGUGUAUCUUUUGUAGAAUGGCAUUUUCAGUGAUGUAUAGUAAGUGGUUAAUUCUUCCUUUGAUUUAUAAAAGUUACAUGUUAACCUGUAUUGUAUAUGUUCAGACUGCAUUCAGCUUUGGUUUGUAAUAUAACUAGUGGGUAAUAAGCCGGGAUACAAGAGCAAAACGUCAAGUGCAAUACUCUCCAUGUGUUGUAUAAUGCUAUACAGAAGUCCAGGUUUCUUUUGCAAUGGGUGUAAGGGAUUUAUUGCCCCACAGUACUUAUCACACACAAUCUAGAAGUAAACAAGAGGUAUUUUUUAUCUUGGUCUAUUUGCAAGAAACAGGUAAAUACCUCAACUUAUUUCUGUAAAAGAAGGAUUAUUUAACCUUCAAUAAAGAUUAUAAAAGAUAA